AAGUUAGCGAUUUAUUAGAUGCUUGGGCUGAUGACCGAAAAAAAACUGAUAGCGAGUUUGGGGAAAUAGAACAAAUAAGAAGUUUAGAAGUUCAAAUGUUAGAACGCACCAAGAACACGAUAACUUUUGUCUGGGAUUUGCCAAAAAUAGAAACGCAAGGCUAUCAAGUGGACGAAAUUUGUAAUGCUGCUGGAAAUACUAUCACUGUUUUUGCGUCUAAUAUCGUGCUAGCCCGUAUGACCGAGAAUAUAACGGCUAAAUUAGGUUUAAGUUCCGGUGGCGUCAAUUUAUUAAAUGUGGCCGUGGAUGUUUCUUUACAUGAUGACAAAGGGCAAAAUUUACGGCAAGCCGAAAGGACUGUGGUUAGUGAUACCAAAAAAUCUAGUGGAGAGACAACCCACACCGAAAGCAAAACCAUUACUCGUUCUCCUGUUUCUCUGGGAAAGAAUAACAAACCCCAAAUUGGUAUCCCUUCACCCCAACCUUUACUUUUUGGCAGCGACCACACCAAAAGCGAAUAUACUUUUUUACAGUUCGAAAGUCGUUGGUUAUUAAGUGGCUAUUAUCCGUUAUCAUUAAGAAUCCAGUUUAACCCAA